CCUCACCUAACUCGCGCGCGCUGCGAACAGAUGAUACAGCAUUGCGCGGUAUGAGCUCAAAAAUUUAACAAAAGAAAUCAUCCUAAAACGGAAUGGUGGGAGCACGGAUGUGGAAAGUAUAGAAGUUAUUUUGAACCCAUUAGCAAAGGCAAAUCAUUAUUUUGGCCCUGAUUUAAAGGGUAGUCUUUUGGCAAAUUUGCUGUAAGCGCAUUGCUCCCCACCAAAGCCAGCUACAGGGGAGGGACUGCCGAUUUCUCGACUUUGCAGCUCUGAAUGAAGGGGAGGGGGUCCGUAGACCGAAAUUGAUGGUAGUGGGCUACUGAGGAAGACUACUCCUCUUGAUAUUAAAGGCAAAAUACACAUUUCAGUCGAACACAGCAGAGUUGGUGAAACGGGACGGUGGUGAAACAUGGAGAUGUCUGAGGGGCUGUCACAGCAGGAGAGACUCCAGGCUAUAGCGGAGAAGAGGAAGAGGCAGACAGAGAUUGAGAAUAAGAAGAGGCAGCUGGAAGAUGACAGGAGACAGCUCUCUCAUCUCAAGCAAAAGUCCCUGAGGGAAAGAUGGCUGCUGGAUGGAGCUGCUGGCUCGGAGCAGGACGAGGCCAAGAAACAGCUUGCGGAGGACGAGGCCAAGCUCAAGGGGAUGGAGGAGAACAUCAUUAGAAUGGAGCAGGAACUGGAGGAGCUGGAGACGGGCGUGUCGGCGACCUCUACCAAAGAGAGCCUGACAGACGCAACAACGAAUGAGGAAGCCAAGACAGCAGACAACAAAGCUCCGGCAGGCACUGUGCAAGAGGUCAAGGAAGUUACAGAGGUCAAGGAAGUGGUCAAAGUGCACACCAGCCCUCAUCUGGAAAUGUCUGGAGGUGCCUCAGAUAGGAUGAGAGCAGAGGUCAAGGAAGUGCUCAAAGUGCCCAACAGCCCUCGUCUGGACAUGUCCGGAGGUGCCUCAGAUAUGAUGAGAGCAGCAAUGUACUCAGUAGAGAUCACCGUUGAGAGGGACAAUGUCACGGGCGAGACAAAGGUGUUGUCCACCAACACCCUACUGCCCAUUAACCUCUCUGGGCAAGGGGUCAAGGUGUAUGAGGAUUACCAGAAAGUGGUACACGAGGUGAACGGGGAGAACGGGGUCCACCAACUCAGCGCCAAUGAGGUGGACGAGCUCAUCCACAAAGCCGACGAGUCCAUGAUGAGCGACGCCACCACCGCCGGGGCCACCUCCACUGCCCCCGUCGUCCCCACCGAUGCUGAGUUAGCCGCGGAGCAGCAGACGACACCGCAGAAGGAGAUCACUGGCAUGAAGGCCAAGGCGGGCGGCUCCAGUCCCCAGCCAGGUGGAGGCGAGGUGGAGGCCAGUGCUGAGAACCCCGUCACCAUGGUGUUCAUGGGCUACCAAAGCGUGGAGGAUGAGGCGGAAACCAACAAGGUGCUGGGCCUGGAGGGCACCGUCAAGGCCCAGCUGGUGGUCAUCGAGGACGGCGAGGGCAAGAAUGUGACGGUGGGGCCCAACCUCGCCACUGUGACCGUCACCGAGGGAGGCACCAAGGAAGAGCAGUCACCCCCGCCCAACGGCAGCGCCGCCGACCCCGUUAAGACCCCCCAGGAGAAGGCCCCCGUGGGGGAGAAGGGGGGCGAGCCAGAGGGGGGCGCCACUGAGCUCAACAAUAAGGAAAAGCAGCCCUGCAAGUGCUGCACCAUCAUGUGAGCCACCGUUGUGUGGGCGCAUUCCCCCCGGGACUUGACUUUUCAAAGAGAAAUGACAAACCAACAACAACCAUAACGUGAAGAAAACCAACAAAAACUCACCCCUUUCCCGUUAGCCCCCCUCCCGACAAAAAAAGGCAUAAAUGUUCUGUAUUUUUUGAUAGCCGGCUGUUGUUUCCCAACUUCAUUUUCAUCUCUGUUUUAUAUAUUUCAUUUUUAUCCUUUCAUUCUUUUAACUUUUGUAUUAUUUUGGGCUGUGACUAAAACGGAUGGUGCCAAAGGCGAAGCCGUUCCCUGCGUUUUCACACUUUGAGGUUUCUGAGGGAGAGAGAGAGAGAGGAGGUAGAAAAGGAAAGAUAGAGGGAGAGAAAGACAGAGGAACUGGUUCGUUCACACACCCAGCAUUGUCCAACAAGCUUUUUUUUAUGACAUCUCUAAUACACCGUCAUGAGUUUUGUAAUCUUAACUUUCUGAAUGAAGGACAGAUAUAUCUCUCUAUAUAUCUAUAUAUAUAAAUUCUUUAUUUUAAAGAUAUAUUUAUUUGACUUUUUAGAUUUUUUGAAAAAGCCCUGACAGAAGCAUGUUAUACAUUGUGCUUUCUGUCCUCUGCUAGUGCAUUUUAGAUAAAAACAUGGGGAAAUAUUUAUGACUGAUAAAGUUUGGAUUUUGUUUUCCAGAAAGAAAAAAAAAAGAAAAGUGACUUUGGAAUUUCUGAGACAGACACCAACCACACUGCUAUUUGGAAGUGACAUGCAAUGAGACGUGAUGUCGAUGACGUCAUUGUACUGUGUGCGUGUAUGUAUGUAUAUCCGUGCGUGUGUGUAUGAUCAUGCAUGGAUGUGUGCUUGAAUGUGUGUGUGUUGGAUUACAAUGGCCUCAUUGGUCCUUAUAUCAUCCUACACUACACUUCCCACAAUCCCCAUCACCUCUUUUCUUUCUGGAAGAAAAAAACAAUACUCGCUUAUUUUUUUGUCAAUUUCCUGCACCCAAAUCAACUACCCUAGUUCGACAACACUAGUAAUGAAUUGAAUAACAUGCGUGAAGGUCUUUCAUACCGAAGCUUGAGACUGAUGAAAUGAAUACCCCAAUGUAAGCCUUGCCGUUUGUGUGGUUCACCCCCACUUAACUACAUUACCCAGAAUACAACUACCCUUUUAAAAUAAAUCAUGUUGCUUACUGCUGCCUUUGUGAUAACAGUAUUAACCAUUUUUCAUUUAAUUCAAUGACAUAAUCCAAGCUCUGGCUCCUGAUGUGAUGACCUACCAACAACUGUGUUUUGAUAUGAUGGUCGGCCUGGAUAGGCCCUUCCAACGUCCCAAAGAUUUUCAGCUGGAUAUCAACUACUGUGGAAUUGGUGCAUAGAGCAUAGUCUGUUGUUUUCAACCUUGGCACAGCAGCGCAUAUACUAAACUGUGUUGCAAAUACUGUAAGAAGUUGCUCCAUUCAGACUUUUAGGAUGAGUGCCAUUUGGAGGGGGUUGGGGGUCAUAUUGUAUGUCGCCCUCAGAGUUGGUGUGGGAGGAGCUUCACUUUAAGAGUAUUUGGUUUCCUGUUUUCCUGUUUGAACUCUACUGUUAGGCCCUGGUUUUGUCAUUUAAGGGAAACAAAACCAAACAAAAGUUGAAGUAGGCCUACUUUUCAACUAGUGUAUCUAUCUAUCUAUCUAUCUAUCUAUCUAUCUAUCUAUCUAUCUAUCUAUCUAUCUAUCUAUCUAUCUAUCUAUCUAUCAACAUGCUAGACCUGAGACAAAAAGCAGUGAAUUUCAACGUUUUUACAGUCCAAGAAGUUGACAGAAUCCUUUUCCACUGCGAGUGACAAAUUUCACUCCAAAUUCAAUGUUGCAAUAAUUUUUUUAUUUUCUUCACAGAUAAUUUUUUUUGCGGUGUAGGUAAAAUUGAACAGCUGUGUUUUACUUUUGUGUGCGUUUUUGCUGCGUUAUGAGUGCCUGUAGCUAUAGAAUAUCUUACUUCUUACUUAUUUUUGCCAUCUGGGAGCCAAAUUUCCAGCUGAGCUGAGGGUCAUGUUAUCAUUGUCCAGUGUAUUUUUCCAGUGGUGAGUUGAGUCAGUUGAGUUGAAUUGGUCAAGCUAGGAGCCAGAUCUCUUCAACCGACGCACUGACACGCUCAUAUGUAAACGUGGUCCAUGUACUAUUCGCAUGCGGAAUAAAACAAACAUUUGGUUUUCAAAGAUGGCUAAAUAGUGGAUGGUCUGCGUUAUCUUGAAGUGAGUCAAAGAUGUGAGCGCUCUCCAGCAAGAGGUUGACCGACCUUGCGUAAUGUUUGCCUAAUCCUCGUUUAAUAUUGUUCCAUGUGCAUUUGUACCUAUCCAUUGAUAUUUAUAGAGCUCUAUAGGAUAUUUUAACGGUGUAUGUCAUUGGGCUCCUGAGUGGCGCAGCGGUCAAAGGCACUGCAUCUCUGUGCAAGAGGGCAUCACUACAGCCCCUGGUUCGAAUCCAGGCUUUAUCACAUCCGGCCGUGAUUGGGAGUCCCAUAGGGCGGCGCACAAUUGGCCCAGCGUCGCCGGGGUAGGCCGUCAUUGUAAAUGAGAAUUUGUUCUUAACUGACUUGCCUAGUUAAAGAAAGGUUAAAUAAAUAAAAGUCUUUGUGAGGGUUCUAAUCAAGAACGGGAUAGACAUAGAUAAAAAAAAAAAAAACUCUGAUAACAAGGUCUGAUAAGCCUUGACAGAAUAAUGCUGGUGAAUCCAGUGCAUUGUAGAAAAACCCCCAAUGGAACAUCUGUUAAUUUUAUAAUGUAAAAUAUAUCAUGAAAUAAUGUAUUUUGCCAAUCCCACCUCCUCCUGCGCGUUGAAAUGGGCAGGGGCAAUCGUUGAUAUGCCGACACGUUCUCCAAUAUGCUGCUCAGCAUCCAGCAAGGAGGAAGGAGCAGAAAAAGCCACGUGACAUGGCCUGACUCUGUAGACUGCUCUUUGUCUCGGUGAGUGGCCGCUGGUCAUGACGAGGGUACAGAAAUGUGCGUUACUCUAUAGGACUGUCAGUAUGGGGUGUUGGUCUAGAAGGUGUCCCGACAAACACUGCCUUCGAUCCGCUCAGGCAUCACUGAAGACCAGUCCUCGUCAAGUCAUAUUCCCACACUGCUGGAUCUAAACCUAUGCAAGAACUCCCAUGCUAACGAAUCACCAUCUAGGCAUAGCAUAUAGGACUAGCUACUGCAGCAGAUAAGAGGCUUUUAGUUAAUCAGUAUAUUACACAAAACAAUUAUCUUAAGGGCCAAGGAUUGAACCAUGGCCCAUCCCUUCCUGUGUAUGUGUUUAUAAGAUUAUGCCUUUUUAUUUCUGAAAUACAUUCUAGCUAACAGCUCAUUACAUAUACAGUACAUGUGGCUCAGUGGCUGUUGGUUGGCAUAGGUUAGGUUGGUCCAUUUCAAUAUAAAAGGUGGGGGAAAAGGAUUUCAUAUGUUGGCACUGCCAACUUGGUUGCACAUGACAUGUUGGGAUGGCUAAAUGUGGGUGGUGUGUUUCUGUGGUGCUAAAUCAUUGAUACUGUCAUAUCUGACUGCUGAAGUUGAGAUAUUAUGUUAGAUAUUAUUUUCUGCAACUUGUGUUUUUAAGAAAAUCACAUAUAUUUCUAUUUGCAGUAGGAAACAGUAGCAAGAGUCAUUUGCUAGACACCUCAACAAGGAAGUGAUUCAUUGGUUACAUUCCAAGAUUAUCUGAAGCAGAAACGGUGUUUUAAAUGUUUAAAAUGUUUUUCUUUUAAGAAAACAUUUGCAACAUUCAUCUCAAAAUGGAAAAACACAAACCGUACAAAUGCACUUAGGUUGAUCGAACUGAAACCCAUGGCGUUCCUGGUCUAACUAUUCACCCAUACUAUUAGAGUCAGAGAGAACAUUGGUGACCUUAACGAAAUCAAAUUUGUUCAUCCACUUUACAGUGAAAUACAGUGAAACACUUAAAGUUGAAGAAGACAUGCAGGAUACCUUCCUAAUAUUUCGAUAGAGGAAAGAAUUACUUGGCACUUUGGGAAACAAGAUGACACUGUUAAUCGUAUUUGCUCUAUUGGCGCAGCCCAUUUUGCUUCAUCAACUUUGAGCUUCAAGGUAAACAAAUGUCAAUGUCGUUCUUAUGAAGGGCAAUGAAUGCCAAUGCCAUUCUUAUCAGGGGUAACGCAUGGACACCUCCACUCUAAGUGCCCUCACUGAGCAGUAGCGGGAAAUGUUUCCUAACAACUGAUGCAGGGUCAAAUAUUUUUCUAUCCCUAAUGUCUAAGGUUAGGAUAGGGGUAUAGGGUAGUCCGAUCCGAGAUCUGUGGUGAAGGGUAACUUUUACCUCGAGCUCCUGUUGAAUACCCAAUACCCUUCCUUCUUUGGCCCCUUCCUCUUGGUGAGCUUGGUGCAGCGGCAGUGAGGCUUGUCGCCCCUGGCAACCCCAGGUCCUCCCACUCUGCACUGCCUGCAACGUGGUGCAUUGCUUGCUGUUUGGGGUUUCAGGCUGGGUUUCUGUAUAGCACUUUGUGACAUCGGCUGAUGUAAAAAGGGCUUUAUAAAUACAUUUGAUUGAUUGAUGACUCUGCAGCAGCACCCCCUGUUGGUUCUUAUUAAUAUUUACAUUCCAGUUCUGACUUUCUCUCUCUCUACACACCCCCAAUGCCUUGUAGUCUGGCCCCCGGCCAGGCAUAUUUUUUGUAAAUGCAUAUAUAAAUAUCUACAUAUAAAUGUCUUUGUGCAAAACAAAAUGUCUGUCGCUCUCUCGUCUUCUAGUGUAGACUCAUAGAUCCCCGUCCCUUCCCCAGUGACUCUGCGCUCAUGGCAGUCAGUCAGUGGAGGGCCCAGGUAAUAGAGUGAGUGCCCACAAACUGAUGCUUUCGUAUUGCUUUGUUAGUUGUGAAGGUCUGCUUUCUUACAAAUUGGAAAGUGCUGUAGAGGAAAGUGUUUGAAAAGACAAAUAAAAAUGUGAUGUGCUUCAAAGGUC